AAAGCCGCCAUCAGAGAGUGCCCUGUGGGCCCCCAGCCUUGCCUCUUCCCCAGGGCAGAAGGGCCUGGGCAGAGGAGGUGCCUCUGCUGCAUUCUCGGUGGCAUGUGAAAAGGCCACCAGGUGCAGCUUUGCGGACCUCUCCAGCCUGAGAAGCGGGAAGCAGCAGUUGGCAAGUGUCAGCGGAUGGAACAAGGGAAGUGGGGUCCUGGCCUAGGAGAGGUCCCUGCGCUGGGAGCUGGGCAGAGAUCCUGGGGCAGAGUCCAGGGAGGCUCAAGGCUCCUCCACACACACCAGCUGAAUCCUGAGCGCCCUAAGCUGCCAGCAUGGGGUGUGCUGAGGCCGCCGCCAUGAUCCCAGGCCUCGCCCUGCUCUGGGCAGUGGGGCUGGGGCUGGGGCGUACUACCCCCAGUCCCCCACGCCUUCGGCUCUCCUUUCAAGAGCUCCAGGCCUGGCACAGCCUCCGGACCUUCAGGCUGGAGCGCACCUGUUGCUAUGAAGCCUUGCUGGUGGACGAGGAGCGUGGGCGCCUGUUCGUGGGUGCUGAGAACCAUGUGGCUUCCCUCAGCCUGGACAACAUCAGCAAGCAGGCCAAGAAGUUAUCCUGGCCGGCCCCUGUGGAAUGGCGGGAAGAGUGCAACUGGGCAGGCAAGGACAUUGGUACUGAUUGCAUGAACUUUGUGAAGCUGCUCCAUGCCUACAACCACACGCACGUGCUGGCCUGUGGCACAGGGGCCUUCCACCCCAUCUGUGCAUUCAUGGAAGUGGGUCACCGGCUAGAGGAACCCAUGCUCCGGCUGGAACCAAGAAGGUUUGAGGACGGCAAGGGAAAGAGUCCCUACGAUCCAAGGCAUCGGGCAGCCUCCGUGCUGGUGGGGGAGGAACUGUACUCAGGGGUGGCAGCAGACCUCAUGGGCCGAGACUUUACCAUCUUUCGCAGCCUGGGCCAGCGUUCAAGUCUCCGGACAGAGCCACACGAUUCACGCUGGCUUAAUGAACCCAAGUUUGUCAAGGUCUUUUGGAUCCCGGAGAGUGAGAAUCCAGACGACGACAAAAUCUACUUCUUCUUCCAUGAGUUGGCAGUGGAGGCGGCACCAGUGCUGGGGCGCCUGACUGUGUCUCGUGUUGGCCAGAUCUGCCGGAAUGACAUGGGUGGCCAGCGCAGCUUGGUCAAUAAGUGGACAACCUUCCUGAAGGCACGGCUGGUGUGCUCCAUUCCUGGUGUGGAGGGCGACACUCACUUCGACCAGCUCCAGGAUGUGUUCCUGCUGUCCUCACGAGACCCCCGAAACCCUCUGCUCUACACUGUGUUUUCCACAUCCAGUGGCAUCUUCCAGGGCUCUGCUGUGUGCGUGUACAGCAUGAAUGAUGUGCGCCGGGCAUUCCUGGGACCCUUUGCGCACAAGGAGGGGCCCACACACCAGUGGGUGUCCUACCAAGGCCGUGUUCCCUACCCACGGCCUGGCAUGUGUCCCAGCAAGACCUUUGGCACCUUCAGUUCCACCAAGGAUUUCCCUGACGACGUCAUCCAGUUUGCCCGGAACCACCCUCUCAUGUACAACCCGGUCUUGCCCAUCGGGGGGCGCCCUGUCUUCAUGCAAGUGAGUGCAGGUUACACUUUCACUCAAAUUGCUGUGGACCGUGUAGCUGCCGCUGAUGGACACUAUGACGUCCUCUUCAUUGGCACAGAUGUGGGAACAGUGCUGAAAGUGAUCUCACUCCCCAAGGGCAGCCAGCCAAGUUCUGAGGGACUCCUUCUGGAAGAGCUGCACAUGUUUGAGCACCCAGAUGCUGUCACCAGCAUGCAAAUCUCCUCGAAGUGGCCAGGAGCCCUUCCUGCCCUCCAGAAUCAGCUGUAUGUGGCCUCACGGAGCUCAGUGGCCCAGAUCUCAUUGCACCGCUGUGCAGCCCAUGGCCGCGCCUGCGCAGAAUGCUGUUUGGCACGUGACCCCUACUGUGCCUGGGAUGGGAGCAAGUGUACACGCUUCCAGCCCAGUGCCAAGAGGCGGUUCCGGCGGCAAGACAUAAGGAAUGGAGACCCCAGCAUGCUUUGCGCCAGGGACUCGUCCAGUCCGACGCUGCUGGAGCGGAAGGUCUUUGGCAUGGAGGGCGGCAGUGCUUUCUUGGAGUGUGAGCCCCGCUCGCUGCAUGCACGCGUGGAGUGGACUUUCCAGCGCACAAGGGAGGAUGCCCACACUCAGGUGCUGGCGGAGGAACGCAUAGAGCGCACGGCGCGGGGACUCCUAUUGCGCGGGCUGCAGCGUCAGGACUCGGGCGUGUACCUGUGCGCCGCUGUUGAGCAUGGUUUUUCACAGCCAAUCCGUCGCCUCGCGCUGCAUGUUCUGAGCGCAACGCAGGCCGAGCGGUUGGCGCGUGCCGAGGAAGCAGCGCCUCCUGCGCCCCUGGGCCCUAAACUCUGGUACCGGGACUUUCUGCAACUGGUGGAGCCCGGUGGAGGUGGCGGUCCAAACUCCCUGCGCAUGUGUCGCCCGCAGCACGAGCUGCGCGUCCCGGGGCCUGAGUCGCGCAGGAAGAGCCGCAACCGGAGGACGCAUGCCUCCUACCCACGCGCCGACAGAGGGCCGCGCAGCGCAGGGCACUGGUGACUGGGUUAUCCCCGCACGGGGACCAGGAGGGAGACAACAGGCCAGAGAGAGGCCAGACAGACCCCAGGAAGAUAGAUGGGCUGGAGCUGGGCACACCGUGGUCCCCAGGCAAGUGGAGAUACCGAAUGACAGACCCUGGCAGACGGGCAUCCGUGCCGGCUUAUUUAUUAACAGGAUAACCCUAGAGUGUAGCCCUAUUAGGGUGGCCCAGGCCGGGUGCAGGAUCUAGCCCAGAGGGAGGGAACAGAGAAGCAAGGCUCCAGAACAAGACCAGGGCCAGGGAAGUGCCCUGAGUGCCCAUCCUGACAGAGAGAUUCCUCUCCUUAGCAGUGAGCAGAAGGCUGUGAACAGAAGACUGUGAAAGAGCUGGGCUACUGGGGGUGGGGCGAGGCAGGUCGACUGUACUAAAGCAAUGCAAUAAACACAUUAUCAGCUAAAGCUGGAAUGACCACA